GUGGUGUGUAUUCAUUUUAAUUAGAAUACUUGAAACCAAGAACAAAACAAUAAACCGACAAAUGAACGAAGACACAACAGUCCCGAAUAGUGAACACCAAACACAGGAAACACAGGAACAAUCACCCACAACCCACAAUACAAAACAGGCUACCUAAAUAUGGCUCCCAAUCAGAGACAAUGACAAACACCUGCCUCUGAUUGAGAACCAUAUCAGGCCAAACACAUAGAAAUAGACAAACUAGACAAACAACAUAGAAUGCCCACUCAGAUCACACCCUGAAUCAAACAAAACAUAGAAACAUACAAAGCAAACUAUGGUCAGGGCGUGACACUAUCAGUGUCACUGCUGCCGAAAGAACUGGACCAAAGCGCAGCGUGGUGAGUGUACAUAUUCCUUUUAUUAAGAUGACGCCGACAAAAACAAUAAAAAAAACAAUCGUGAAGCUUAAGGCUAUAGUGCCACAAACAAAGACAACUUCCCACACAGAAAGGAGGGAAAAGGGCUACCUAAGCAUGGUUCCCAAUCAGACACAAUGAUAGACAGCUGUCCCUGAUUGAGAACCAUAACAAAGAAACAAAGAAAUACAAAAACAUAGAAAACAGAACAUAGAAUGCCCACCCAAAUCACACCCUGACCAAACCCAAAAUAGAGACAUAAAUAGCUCUCUAAGGUCAGGGCGUGACAAUCAGCAUGACAAUGACCUGAAGUACAAGGAACUUGAAGUACAAGUUCGACCUGAAGUACAAGGAACAGUUUUGUAAAGAAGAAUGGUCAAAUAUUGCCAAAUCUAGGUGUGAAAAGUUGGUGGAGACCUAUCCCAACAGAGUCGCAGCUGUAAUUUCUGCCAAAGGUGCUUCUACCAAGUAUUAACUCAGGGGUGUGGAGACUUAUCCAAUUAUGAUAUUUCAGUUUUGUAUUUUUUAUAUAUACUUUUUUCACAAAAACGAAUUCUCCUUAAAAAUGUGGAGUAGAUAAGAGGGUGGCGGGGGGGGGUGUAUGGAACUCUGGGGCACUGACACAACAAAAUGUGAAAAAAAUUCAAGAGACUUUGAAACAUUUAAAUCAUUCAAAACUGGUAAGAAAUGUGGAACGACUUAAAAUACUAAGGUAAAAACAAUCAUGUUUAAAUAUUAGGACAACUAAGUUGUAUAUGCACACAUUGGUUUGAAUGUGACUUUUCCAGGGUUGGGCAGAUACGUAAAAAAUGCAAUCAGUUACUAACUACAGAUAACAUGACAAUAAAAGUAAUUAGUAACAAAAUCUAUUGGAUUACUCAAAAAUAGUGGAUUACUUAAUUGGUUAGACAGCACCUGCCUCCUCAGUUUAUGCUGCAGACGAUCAGUUUCCUCUCUAACUCUGCUCCCCCAACUCCCCAGCAUCUUUGGGCAAGUACUGGCUUAACUGUCUGCUGCAUCUUCUUGAUGAAAUAGCAUCAUGGGUGAAAGGUCAACUUCACUGUCAAGUUCCAGGAAAAGAAUUCCCAAAAGAAUUAUUUGAUUGUGCAAUUACAGGCCUUUUACACCGAGCUGCCAAGUAAAUUGUGGUCAGUAAAAGAGGAAAUGGUCAUUUGAAUGUCUGACCCACCCUAUAUCAUAACAGUCUGGAAUGAUAAAAAACUUCAAGAACAAAGACGCAACGGAUCCAAGAGAUAUCUGAUUGUUUCAUGAUUUGGAUGAUCAAUUGUGCAAAUACAAUUGCAAAAACAUGUGUAUAUUGGUCUGCAAAGACCGGUAGGUUUUAGUGUACACAUUCUCAUGGAAACUAGAGAUUUAGCUGAGUAAGCUAGAGUUUCAAGUCGAGAGUUUCAAGUUCCUUGGUGUCCACAUCACCAACGAACUACCAUGGUCCAAACACACCAAGACAAUCUUGAAGAGGGCACGACAACACCUUUUCCCCCUCAGGAGAAUGAAAAGAUUUGGCAUGGGUCCCCAGAUCCUCAAAAAGUUCUACAGCCGCACCAUCGAGAGCAUCCUGACUGGUUUCGUCGCCGCAUGGUAUGGCAACUGCUCAGCAUCUGACCGUAAGGCGCUACAGAGGGUAGUGCAUACAGCCCAAUACAUCACUGGGGCAAAGCUUCCUGACAUCCAGGACAGAUAUACUAGGCGGUGUCAGAGGAAGGCCCAAAACACUGUCAAAACUCCAGUUCCCCAAGUCAUUGACUGUUCUCUCUGCUACCAUACGGCAAGUGGUACCGGAGCGCAAAGUCUACGACCAAAAGGCUCUUUAACAACUUCUACACCUAAGCCAUAAGACUGCUGAGCAAUUAAUCAAAUGGCCACCUAGACUAUUUACAUUGACACCCCCCCACCCACCCCCCCCCUCCAUUUGUUUUUACACUGCUGCUACGCGCUGUCUAUUAUCUAUGCAUAGUCACUUUACCCAGACCUAAAUGUACAAAUUACUUGACUAAACUGUACCCCAGCACAUUGACUCGGUACCGGUACCCCCGGUAUAUAGCCUCGCUAUUGUUAUUUUAUUGUGUUACUUUUUAUUUUUUUUAACUUUAUUUUGUAACUUUUUUCUUAACUCUUUCUUGAACUGCAUUGUUGGUUAAGGGCUUGUAAGUAAGCAUUUCACUGUAAGGUCUACACCUGUUGUAUUCGGCACGUGACAAAUACAAUCUGAUUUGAUUUGUCAUGUGUGUCAUCCCAUUGCAUGAGAAGUGAACUGGAUGGAGCUGUGUUUUUGUCACAAAGAUCAUGAUGAAAGGUGGGAUGAUUCAGUUCUCCAUAAGUGGGGAUCUGACGUUUUUAGUUUAAAAAUAGUUUCUGUGGAAAGCAACCAAGGAGAGCAAAUUUGGCCGUUUUUUAAAAUUUCAAAUAUAUUAGAACAGCAAAAAGAAAAAUCAAAUUUCCGGGCUGUGUGGCUUAGCACAGCUUUCAGAAAACCUGCCAUUUUAGUGUGUUUGAGACAAACACAUCUUGAUAUUAGGUUAAGUAAUCUAAAAUGUAAUCAGCUGUUUUUAAGAAUGUAACUGUAAUCCGAUUAAACCAUUUAUUUAAAUGAAUUUGGUCCAAUUAGUAGCUUUAUUCUUUGAUCUGAUUGUAAUCCCUGUUAUGUGUUAGUACCAAACCCUGCUCUUCUCUCACAGUACAAUGUCACUGACAUUGGAAGACUGCCAAGCACCUUUUUAAACAAUUUACCCCUUUCCAGACAGAGUGCCUGGCAAACUUUAUACAUUCUUGAGGAGAUUGAAUGGCCAAGAGCCAACUCUGAUCACUCAUAAUUUUCACAUGAUUAGAAAAACAUCAGUAUAGUGGUACAUGUGGUAGGCAAAGGCUGGAGGGCAAUGUUGUUAAUGAUUUUGUAUAGGUCUAUUCGUUCUGCAAUUGUAAGUGUAAGUUAACCUUUACUUAAAAAAAAAAAUACUACUAAAAUGACAUAAUCACUCAUUAACUUAAUAUUUUUUUUAAUCUUAGUGAUGUUUCACACGUAAAUUAUAGUACUGCAGAUAAGUGACAUACAAACUACUUAGAUAAAGCACACUUACUUAACCAGCACGAUCAUGAUCCUUCUCAGAUUUCAACAGUGACGGAAACAUGACAGCUUCCAGUUGUUUUAAAGGGGAGUAGUUGGGAGUAGUAAGUGUGCCUCUCCCAUUCACACGUCUCACACCAGCAUACACAGAUGGAGGCUAUUCGGUCUUGACAGAGUGGAGACUGUGGAAGCUUUGCUGGACACAAGGACCUGAAGGAAGAGAAGGAGAAGAAAGGCGAGAACGAAGAGUGGGAUAAUAAUGGAGUGUAAGGAGAAUGUGAUCCACUACCUCAGCUGGGGGUUCAUCGUCAGUGGGGUGGCGUAUCUCCUUCAGCAGACCAGGACCCAGACCCCGUACGGACGCUACGUGACCCCGGAUGGGACCCCAGGGAGGACCUGCCCUGCCAAGCUGGCCUGGUUCCUCCAGGAACUGCCUUCUUUCCUGGUGCCCAUGCUCCUUCUGCUAUCCACCGACACAAAGCCCAGCCUGGGCAAAGACCUGCUUCUCUGGACCUUCUGUCUGCACUACUUCCAAAGAACAUUCAUCUACUCCUUGCUGACCAAAGGCCGCCCUUCCCCUCUCUACAUUGUCUUCUCUGCGGUAGUCUUCUGCUCUGUCAACGGUUUUCUCCAAGGCCACUACAUGCUCCACUGUGCCAUGUACGAUGAUGCGUGGCAGACCGACAUUCGUCUGUACACCGGUUUGCUGAUGUUUUUCCUGGGAAUGGCCAUCAACAUUCACAGCGACCACAUUCUUUUAAAUUUGAGAAAACCCGGAGAAGUUGUUUACAAGAUUCCCAAAGGGGGAAUGUUUGAGUAUGUCUCCGGAGCAAACUUCUUUGGAGAGAUUCUGGAGUGGUGCGGGUAUGCCCUAGCAACGUGGUCCCUGCCGACGUUCUCCUUUGCCCUUUUCACUAUGUGCUCGAUUGGACCGCGGGCCUACCACCACCACAGGUACUACCAAGAGAAGUUUGAAGACUACCCCAAGUCGAGGAAAGCUGUGAUACCUUUCAUAUUAUAAGAAGAACAGCAAACCGGAGAAGCCUUAAUAAAUGGACUGACCUAGCUAAAAUCAUUAGUCAUAGCCAUGAUAUUGGCAUUUACUGAACUCUGAAAUGAAAUGCUUGUCCAAUAUUGCUCUGUUCUGUGGAGCCCAUUUAACCAAGCUUUAGCUUUCAUUAACUAGACAUAUUCCCAUCAUCUCAUUGUAUUCAGAGCUAGAUCAUAUUCCACACCUGCAGCAACAGAUCUGUAAAUCCAUACUCCCAAAUGCUUGGAGGAAUAAAUGAUGUGGCAGCA